AUGACCCGCGCCAAGAAGAGCCUCGCGGUCCGCCACACGUCGCCCGUCCCCGCGGGCCCGGCGAGCUUCUUCCACCGCUUCGCCCACAACUACGGCGUGCGCCACGUCCACACCAACUCGUUCGCGCCCAUCGUCCACAUCAUGCUCAUCAUUGCGGGCUCGGGCAUGACCAUGCAGUACCUCGGCCGCCACCGCCACAAGAAGGCGGCGCGGGAGGCUGCCCAGGCCGCCCACGGCGACAACCACCACCACUAA